AAUUCAGGCCUCACAUGUCUCAGAUGCAUGUAUUUAUCUUAAUUAAAUUAGCCCCCCCUCCCACACCUCUAUAUAUAUACUCUCAGUAUUUCCAUCGUCUCAUCGGAUCAAAGCAUACACAAAACCAUGGAAGAAACGAAAGUCACAACGAUGGAGAUUAAGGUGGUUGACCUUGGAUGCGAAAAAUGCCACAAGAAAAUCAAGAGAGUACUGUGCGCUAUCCCUCAAAUCCAGAACCAGGAAUAUGUCGAGAAGGAAAACACAGUGACAAUCACUGUGGUGGGUUGCUGUCCUGAAAAGAUCAAGAAAAAAAUAUACUGCAAAGGAGGUCCAACUGUCAUGUGCGUGAAGAUCAAGCCACCUCCGGAUGAAACACCAAAACCAGUGACAAUCACAGUACCUGUUGUCAUCACUUUUGUAUGCAAUCACUUUUGUAUGCCAACACCUCCUCCAUAUUGUAGAUGGUCAGAGUGUGAUCUAUGGGGAGAUGGAUGUUGUAGUUGCCGAAGUGCAUAUGUCUGUGAAGACUAAUAUCCCUCGGCGCCAUGCACAAUCAUGUAAAGGGAAAUCAAGUUUCAGAAGACCGAUGGUUUGAGUCAACGUCCAACAUCAACCAUUGGAUUCAAAUCCAGUGGUCAUGAUGGGCCUUAGUGUUGUUGUGUUCAUAAUAUCAUCCAGUGGUCAUGAUGGGCCUUAGUGUUGUUGUGUUUAUAAUAUCAUCCAGUGGUCAUGUUUGGUCAGCAAA